GCCCGUUGCGUCGCUUUGCCCCUCCGUCUCCCACAUCGCCCCCUUUCUCCCACACGGAGUCGAAGGAAAGAAGAGGUUGAGUCGGGCUCCUCCGUCUCCCACAUCGCCCCCGUUUCUACCCCGUCCACCCCGCUUCCUCGCCUCCUCCCCUUCUUCCUGCCCAUUUUCCAAUUUUCCGGGUUCCUCCCUUUUCCCCUCGACUCGUUGCGUGAAGAGGAGCUACAGCGACGGCGAGCUGUGAUGGGCACCGGGGGCAAGGUUGGGAUAGUUCGAAAUUGUUACUGUCCCAGGUGGACACAUGUCCUUUUGGUUCUGACCAUCUGUGCACACCAGGGACUCGUGUUGUCUCAUCACUGGCCACAUCAGCAGCACUUCCAGGUCUUCAUGGUUGUUUGGGGAUUCUGGGAGGCAUUUCAGUGGGCCACAUGGUGUCCCAGUUGCUGGCAGCCAGUGCAAAGCUUCAAUAUAGAUUCAAAAUGCAGUUGUAAAUCCACUUCACUCCCAUCUGGUAAGGUUGUUUCAUUGUGGCUGGUAGAUCAAUUACUUAUUGCUAUGAAAUGAGGUAAUCAUUUUUGAAUUGGAAUUUCUUUUUAUUACAACCAAUUUACCUUUUAAUUUUUUAUUUCAUAUAGGAAUUUUUGUUCUUUUAUCUAUUGAAAUGGGUUGUGCAAAAUUAAUUGAUUUUUUUAUUGCUUGGAAUUUUUGUUCUUUUUUCAUUACCUUGGUAAUUGUAGUUGUCAAUCAUAGAAUUGAUGGAUUGAAAGCACAUGAUAAAUGCCAAAUAUGAUAAAUGCUUCGUCAAUGAUAACUCAAAGAACAAAGCCUUUCUUAACUUUAUGCUAAAAUUUGGCCACUAGAUUGGAUCCAUUCUCAUGCCCUUGACAUUAAGUCUUGUAAAUCAUCACAUAUGUUAUGUUGCCUCUUCAACUCAUGACAUCCAGUCUUGUAAAUUUAUCACAUAUGUUAUGUUGCCUUUUUGUCCUUUUGUUUUUUUUUUUCCCACUUUGUAGUUUUUGCUUUAUAUUCUGUUAUUGAUAUUUCAACAAUGUGAAGUAUUUAGAGAACUUUUUGUUUUUGAGUUCUAAAAAUUGUUCCAAGUUGCUCAAGAUUGAAAGCCAGAAUGUCCAAGGUUGGUUGAUUUUGUUUCUUUUUCCCCUCCAAUCAUUUGAAAUGCUAUAAUUAGUAUGUUUCCAUGAAGUGUUCAUUAUGAGUUUUUUUUUUGAAGUUUCGAAGAUUAGACUACAAUAUAUGUCAAGGUUUAAAAUUUCGACCCGUGUCGAAGUUUCGGUUCUGGACUGGAACGAUACGGUUUCGGUACCGUAUCAUGCCGUGCCGAUAUAGUUUCGGUAUUUUUAAAAUAUAAAAUAUAUUAAUU